AUGGCAGUAACGGAUGAUGAGCGCAGAGAGUAUCUGCGAGGCAAUGUCACUUCAGACUUGCAAUAUGUAUGGGAUGAUGCCGAGAUCCCAUUGGCAUUGCAAUAUGACAUGGCCCAACAUUACAAGUCACUACGGGUCUUCACGGCCUUGGGGGAGAACUCAGCAGAUGUGCGAACCGCAGUCCAGGCCGAUUUCAACUUGGACCCAGCCAGAGACCCGGCAGUUCGGGCCCAAGUGGCACAAGUGGUGGCAGCUUGGAACGCAGGGAAGGAGUUGUAUACAAAGGAGAAAGAGAUACAAGCCGAGAGCAAAGUUCUUGGCGUACCGCGGCACCUCCAGCACAGCGAGCGCUUGGCAAUGCUUAGAGCAGUUGAAAAGGUUUUGGGCCACCUCUCGGACCACGAGACACCCAGUGCAGAGUACCUUGCUUUGAAGGUGGAAGAGUGUGAGAAUGGAGAAUGUACAGCAGCUAGCUUAGAUGAGGUUUCAUCAAAAGCUGACCGAAACACAUCGGCACUUCAGACGUCGCUGGACAGCACUGGCCAUGUCAGGAUCACCAAGACGAAGUCCAAAGGCCGACUCCCGGAGACCACAGAAGAAUACCGAAGGUUGAUGAAGCUCGAGGCCACCACGUGGCUUUGCAUGUCAGCCAAAUUCAAAUCGAAACACUUCUUGGCAGGUCUGAAGAUGGAGGACUUCAAUCGCUUUGUGGAGUUCAUCUUGGGGGAGAAGGUCCACGGGAUCAAAGUACCAUUGGAUGGGAUGCAACAGCCACUGCGUCCACCUUUCGCCCUGGUGCUCCAGUUCGAACAACGCCUGAGACGGGAAGCCUUCAAGCUGGUCAACAAAGGAGAAAAGACAUUAGCAGAGGCCUUGGAGGCCGUAACGAAAGAUGCCGAGCUCAAAGAGUCAUACUUUACCACACCCCUGGCCUUGGCCAACCAUGACCCAGGACGCCAUGGCAAUCCACGGCCUUUCCAGUACAACGUGGACAACAGGAAGGGCAAGGCAAAGGGGUAUGGCAAAGUGAAGGGAAAAUUUGAGAAAGGAAAAGGGAAAACCUCAGGCAAAGCCAAAGGAAAACAUGGGGACCACAAUCUGGUCACCCAUUCACCAGAUGGCAGGGAAAUCUGCUUUGCCUUUAACAGCCAGGGCUGUCCGGGCAAAUGCGGCAGGCUUCACAUCUGCCGUAUUAAAGGAUGCUAUGGGGAACAUGCGGCCCGGGAACACGACCGUUGCAAGGAUGUUCCAAAGGGCAACAACAAAGCCGAGGCAGACGUCAAGCACUACCUCCAAGACCUUGGCUUGGAGAACAAAUUUAACUUGCAUGUGACAGAGGUCGAUGUGGAACGUUCAAAUCUACAACUGGCACAGGAUCAUAACUAUUUGGUGGACCAGACCAUCGCCACGGCACACAAGUGUUUCCAAUGCAAAGCAGACUUUCUUAUCGAACACCCAGAGGACUUGGGGGCAUGCCAUGGUGAGUGGCCCGCUAGCAUUUGGCAGUGGGAAACUAUGCAACAGCUGCAGCAAUCUACAGGAGCUACAACUUGGGCAAUUUUUCAGUGUCAUUUUGACGCGCCAUCGCCCAAGCCAACCAGGUUUCUUUCUACAUUGGAGCCAUGCCAGGAGCUCCAGUAUGCAACAUGGCCAAAAUUCGACGAAUCGCGACAGUACUUGGGCCCACUGCCAACAUCAUGCGGGCACUCUACGCACGCCAAGCGCCUUUUAGGCCAACUGCCAAGCGGAAAAUGGGCCACAGAGGGCUCAGCAGCAUACCCCCCAGCACUUUGCAAAUACCUGGCCGAGCUCAUCGCCAGCCGGGUGGGGAGCUCACAGGCCUCUUCACUCGACCCUCCUGCAGCCGCCACGACGAUAGCUGAUUCAGAACCUGCACGAGCGCAUACAACAGAACCUGCACAAGCGCAUACAACAACUGCAGUGGCAGUUGAUUCAGGCUCAAAUGAGAAGCCAACCGAGGAAGAGCCUGAGAAGGCUUGCAACAGAGGUAAGCCAUUGGUGGUUGAAUGGGGUGGAAGAUCCAGGCCCUUUGUGGACGGUUUUGGUUUAUGUUCGUCAAACCGCUGGCGCCCUGAGGACAGAGGUGCAUACCUGGGAGGGGAUGCACGAAAGUUGGGGGGAAAGGUGAAAGACCUCCUGCAGGAGUUUGUUACGUCUCAGAUUGGUGACCUGAGGCACGAAGCGUUCAACCUGGCUUUGGGGAGGUUGCAGAGUUCACCGUUUUCAGAAAAGGCUUUACAGAAGCUCAGGGAAGACUGGGCCCAGCUGCUGCCAUCUCCGGCAAGCGCCAUGGAGCUUCCGGACGGCCAACCCUUUUUCCUCCACCUUUUAGCUCAAACGCUCGAAGUCAUGGAAGAUCCGGACUACCGGGUGCUGGUGCAAGAUGGAGAGUCAUUUGCUACGGGCGUGCCAGUUGGAUUGGAUGAGCCGCUGCCUAGAGUCCCGGCGGUUUUCCCACCAAAGGAGAAGCAUCGCAAGCUGGACGAUUCGGACUACAUCCCCUUUUCAGAAAACUACAAGUCCGCUGAGAUGGUUGCAGAGGAGAUGGAGAAUAAAUUUAGGGAAGAAGAAAAGUUGGGUAGGAUGUACCCGACCACACUGGCGGCCUUGAAGGCCAAGCACCCCGACAGGGAGGUGUUGGUAGCGUCUAUGGGGGCCAUGCAAAAACCCAACGGAGACAUACGUCCCAUACAUGAUGCAACACACCAUGUUCAGCUCAACAACAGGAUAAUUUUCAGGGACCAGUUGCAAUACCCCGGGCCGGAAGAUGCAGCUGGUGUCAUACGUGAGGUGACGGAGACAAAGGAGGCCAUGUUUUCCAUUUCAGCAGAUAUCAAGUCGGCACACCGCCUGGUGAAACUUCGUAGCAGGGACCACCCGCUCAUUUGCUGCAAAGCCUCCUCAACGUCGGAUACCAUCUGGGUCAACAAGGUGGGUACCUUUGGCGUUUCUAGCGCCUCAUACUGGUGGACACGGCUCAUGGGAACCAUUGGAAGGCUGGUGAGCAAUGCCAUGGGGACUGAAUGCAACUACCAGCUUAUCUACGUGGAUGACUUGCAUGUGGUGGUUUUCGGGGAGCGCAAGUUCCUGACGCUGUGGAUGAUGCUUGCGGCCUACGAGGCCUUGGGGACGCCGUUCCAAUAUGCAAAGUUCGCUGGUGGGAUCGAAGUAACGUUUGUGGGGUUUCAGCUGGACUAUGGACGAUGCAAAAUGGGUGUGACGGCCAAGCGAGGCUCUUGGUUGCUGAAGUUUAUAAAGGAGAUGGAAGAUGCCCGCUAUACGGUGCACAUGCGCCGCUUUGGGGAAUUCCUUGGUAGACUGGCCUUUCUGGCCCGAGUCCUGGUUUGGCUGAAAGCACACCUAGCACCAUUGUAUAGCUGGGCAGCAGCCUUGGCCAAAGGUACAGUGGCAACAGCACCACGCAUGGUGGUCCUGGUUCUCAAGUUCGUCUCCGUGCAGUUGGCGGAGUGCAGCUUCAUGUAUUCCUGUCGCAGGCCUGUCUAUGUGAUGGAAGAACAGUUCAGAACGGAUGCAAAGUGCGCACAAGGGGUUGUUGUUUUGGGCGGACACCAUAUGGCCACAGGUCGUUGGUUUUCGUUGCGUUUGGAGCCGAAGCAGGCGCCCUACCUGUUUAAGCCGGAUGGGGAAAGCAGUUGGGCAUCGGCGCCCGCAGAACUUUUGGCUACCAUGGUGGCACUGAUUUUGUUUGGCUAUGGAAAAGGAAGAGAAAGAAUGACGGUGCCGAUUUACCUGGCGGCAGGCACCGACAACCAAUCAAAUGAGGCUCUUCUCCAGAAGGGCAGUUCCACCAAGUUCCCACUGGCCUUAGUCAACAUGCAGAUGACGCAUCAGCUCAUGCGUUGGGGGUUGAGACUGGAGUUGCGAUGGCGGCCCCGAGCCGAAAAUGAUUUGGCUGACAAACUCACCAACGAGGACUUCAGCCAAGUAGAGGCGAGCCUGCGUGUAGAAUGCAAGUGGGAAGAUUUUGAUUUUAGCCUUCUACAGCAGUUGUGGGAGGCGCGUCACGAGUUCUUAGACAAGGACACGUUAAGAAAGUUUGCAAAACAUGCUGGAAAUGCGAAGUUUGAGAAAACUCAGUGGUGA